GCAGCAGCAGGGAAGGAGGCGAGGAGAGCAAGGCAGGAAGGCAGGAGAGGGGCACCAGGAGCAUCCUCUCCUCCUCCUCCUCCUCAGCCUCCUGCUGCUGCUGCUGCUGCGGGCCAUGAGCGCCGCCGGGGCCCUUGCUGCCGGGGCUGCUGUGUCCGGGAAGAAGGUGGACGAGGCUCAGGCGCUGGCGCGGAGCUGCGCGGGGCGCCCGGACUUCCAGCCCUGCGACGGCCUCUCCCUCUGCGCCACCCACAGCCACGGCAGGUGCUUCAGGCUCCACUGGUGCUGCCACCUGGGAUGGUGCCACUGUAAAUACGUUUAUCAGCCGAUGACUCCAGUAGAGCAGCUUCCAAGCACCGAAAUACCCGUUCAGCCUCGAGGAACCACAAACACCAUUCAGAUAUCUGUCUCACUCAUGGAACACUUUUUGAAGUUUGCACCCGUCUUCCAGCCACCAUUACCCCCAGACUCUCCACGGUUCUGCACAAUCUCGGACCUCUUUAUUGACAAUUACCGUGUAAAAUGCAUCAAUGGGAAGAUGUGUUAUGUCCAGAGGCAACCAUCUGCUCUACCCCAUAAAAUGAAGCCUCAGGAUUCACGCAAUGCCUUAAUUCUGAGAGAGAAUAAUACACCAAAAAUAGAUCAUUGCUCUUCCCCUUCCAGCUCUGAGGACUCUGGGAUCAAUGCUGUGGGGGCUCACUACAUGGAGUCAUGCGAUGAGGACACAGAGGAAGGGGCAGAGCUAAGUUCAGAAGAAGAUUAUAGUCCAGACAGUAGCUGGGAACCAGAUGAGUGUCCCCUCUUAUCACCCUCACAAUGUGAACUAGAAGUGAUUGAGACCAUAGAAACCACAGUGUGAAAUGCUGAGCUGUGAGCUAGCUAGGCAUAUUUCAAACAAUACUGGUUUUCUAACAUUUAUACUGGGUUUUUUUUCCUGACAGGUCUUCCCCCACCCACCCACCCACCCAGUACACUUGAUACCCCAUGAAUGCAGUGACAGUGUUAGCCAUCUGUGAAGCAGUUGGUUGAUACUAAUUAUACCAAUAAAUUUUAAAGAGUCCUGUCAUAUAAUUUAAAGGGUGUCACCAGUUUGACAUCAUUACUUACAGACUAUUCCUGUUCCCAGUAAAGGGCAGUAAAUUUGUGAAGAUCCUACCAACUUGGAAGCUCCUCCUAUUAAUUCCAAAUUUUAAAUGAUAGAAAAUGUUUACUUCUUUGGAACUAGGAUUCAGUUUUUCAUGCUCUUCCGAAACACCAAUAUUAAGUUAGCCAUAUGCCUGGUGAGCUGAGCUGAAUCCAUAUAUGGGCCUUUUAUUAUUAGUAUUACUAUAUUAGAUAUAAGAGACUGAGGCUGUGCCUCUGACUCAAAACUCUCUGUUACGGUGCACCACUUUCCAAGAACUCUGCACACACAUUUUUUUUCCAGCUGGAGAGUAACUCAAGGGGUUCCCAGCAUAAGCACAACAUGUUUUUGAUAACUAGAACCCUGUCUCUGGAACAAGAGAAUGACAAAAAGGCUUGAAAUGAAAUCCUCCACAAGAGUGGGUUUUUAUACUGCCAUCUGACCAAAUUCCAUUGGCCUUCUUCAGUUUGACUUAAAAUUCUUUAGGUGGUUCAUGCGCAAAACUGAGGGCAAACUGGAUUUAGUCACAAAGGCAUGGUGUACCUGCAAGAGCUGUUAAUGUGAAAUGAGUCCAUAACAAUGUCAAAUUGAGUGCAUAGUCAAACUCCUAAACUUUGGGUUUGAUUCUCAAACCAGACAGAUGUUUGGCUUUCAAUGAAACCAUAGUAAAAGAGAUUAAGUUGUUGCCUUCUGCUUGUAGCAGACAGCUGUCAUGAAUCUGUGAGGUACUGUUCAGAAAAAAGCAGCACAACCAAUCAGUGUCAUGCCAGCAGCUUCUGUGACAAAUACGUUCACACAACCCUUUCUGCUGUGACCAUGUUCAACCCAUGCACAGUAAAAUGGAGAAAAAAAAUAUUUCAAAUAGCUCUGCAUGAAUUGACCGUAAAGCAACUGAGAAUUGCAAGCCAGCUCAGUGUAGAAGGCAAUGGAGUACAAUAGGUCUGUUCUACUUCUUGCUCAUCAUAGCUCUGCUUUUUCUGAUCUGGUGAUGGUUCAAGAUUCAGUUUUAUUAUGAGGUCAAAGUAUUUGUUUAAAUGGAUCAUUCCCAUGCCCAUCAGGCAGAAAUGUAGCUAGCUAAAAGAGAGCCUGCAACUGUAGGUUUAUUUGCUGGAGUCUAAUCAAAGACCACUUGAAAAAAAACCUUCCGUCUUUCAGUGUGUCUCUCAAACCCUCCUUAAUAGUUCUAUCCCACUAACAGACACAAAACAGAUGAAAAGUGUACAGUGGUCAGCAGGUCUUUAAAACCCCUGCUGUAAAUGUGUUUAGUUAUACAGAAGCAGGUUAUCAUGUGAGGAAAGCAUAGUGAAGCUUUGAGGUGUAAGGAUGUGUGGUUGUUUUUCUGUUGGGUUUUGUUGUUCUACUUCAGUCAGCAAAUUAAAGUACUGCAGUCAUGUGAAAGGAGAUAUGACAAUAUUUUUCCAAAUAACAUGUUGUGACCACAGCUGUGAUCACAGGUGUUUUUCCCCCUUGAAUUUUUUGGUUUGGCUCCAUACGGUACAUCUUUUUAACUGAAAGAUCUCCUGUAACAUUAGGGCUUCUAUUAAUAAGUGCAGCCCAGUUUUAUAACACUUUGGUUAAUACAUAUUCCAUAAAUCUUGGUGAGAAUGAGAACAUAUAAAUAUGUACAGUUAUAGCUCUCAGUACUAGAUUAUCUUAUGCUGUGUUGUUGAAUGCUGCUCUUUAAACACUAUUCUGACACAUUACUAAUUUUUAUACAUUACACUCUGACUUAGGCACCUUUUAGAAAGCAUUUAGAUUACAAUGUGUGUUAUGAAUUACUAUAUAAACUAAUAAUGUACUUUAAAAUAUAAAAAUUAUACCCUAAGAAGAAAAAAUUAAAUAUUUAUUCUGAUGAAUUAUAUUAAAAUACAGGUUUUGGCACACACACACAAACACACACUAAAUAAUUCAGUUCUGAGCAUCACAAAGGUAAAGCCUUUAGAAUUUCUGAAGGUUUGGUGCAUUCUGCUAAUCUUUACAGAGAAACACUAGUUCAUUAUAGAAUGUAAUUAAAAUUCUUAUUAUUUGGGUGGUGUCAUUAAAGUUUUUUCUUCUCAGGUUCAGCAUUCUUAAUGGCUUUUAAAGUGGGAAAUUAAUACAUAAAAUAAGGUUGUAUUACUCUUAACUAUUUUGAACUGUGGGUUUAAGAUACCUCUUGCCUGGAUAUAUUUGCAGUCGACUCUCUCGGGUUUUCUGGCUGUGGGAACAGCAGAAAGGACUGCAGAAAACUUCUAGAUCACUUUGGGGACAGAGACAGGACACCUUCAUAUACUAAACUUUAAUUUCUUUCAUUACAUGAAGAAUCAUGACACUGUCUCCUCUCAGCAAGCUGGCAGCCAUGAACUAACCAGAGCUAGGAUUUGGCAAAUACAUUCUGAAUGGAGCAAUGAGCUGGGGAAAAUUCAGUACAGACUUACAAGGAAACACUUUAUCAAACUGUUAAUUAGCAAUAGCUGUAUACAGUGUUAAUCUCUUGAACAUGUUCUGUUUUGAAGUCUUAAGCACAGUGGGUAAAGUCUUGUAGUGCCUGGUUGUCUUGGAGAUUGCCCAGGUGUAAAGACAUGGUAGGAUUUGGUUAGAUGAUUUAGCACAUAAUGCUGUGUCUCAAAGUACUCUCAAGAGUACCCAGCUGUUUCUUGUAAACUUCUCUCUCUCUAUCUCUCUCUCUCACACACACACAAAUGAAUAAAUGUGAAGACUGCUUUUGCACAAAAACAAAGUCAGAUUUCUUUCCCAUGAUUCUGUCAAAUUCUUACUGUGGAGUGGUGUGAUUUGAUGAAGUAGCUAUGCAUUAACAUGAAACUAUUGAUGUAAAAUGGAAUUAGACAUCUCAACUGCCACCUGACAAUUUUAUGAUCACUGAUAAAACCCAGUUACCUCCUU